AUGAAAGACACCCCUUCCAUCCCUACAGCAGCAAUAACUUCAGUUUCUACUGCAAAAGCUUCUACUGUAAAAGCUUCUACUGUGAAAGUUUCUACUGCAAAGACUUCUUCUGCAAAAGCUACUACUGUCCCAUCUGUUUCUUAUGAUCUACAUAGAAAACACAUUCCGUGUAUCGAUCUGCCUCCCUCUAAAGACCAGCCAUAUCCAAAUCCUGCUGGCACCUACGUGCCAACCUCUGCUACUCGGGAAAUUACGUGA